CGGCGGGGCUGGGCGGUUUCCCGCCGCGGGUGAAAGAGUCCGACUGCGCGGCCGCCGCCCGCAUCCCCGCUCCGGCCGCGUCCCCCGCGCCAGCCCCGGGAGCCCGCGCGCCGAGACCCCUGCGCGUGUCCAGCGUCCGGCCCGAACCCCGGGCAGGCGCCGCAGCCCCGGUCCCGGCCGCCCCCAUGAGAAAAAGCAACAUGUGGUUCCUGGGGCGGCUUCGGGGGUCCGGGGAGAACGGCCGGGGCGUGGGGGGCGACGCAGGCGACAAGGCCUCCAAGGGGCCGCUGUACAGCAACGUGCUGACGCCCGACAAGAUCCCCGACUUCUUCAUCCCCCCCAAGCUGGCCUCGGGCCCCGCGGAGGCGGAGGGACAGGCCGCGCUGGGCCCGUCCACGUCGGAGCAGAACCUGGCCCCGGCCUCGCCCCGCCAGGCCCCCCGCAGCCCCCGACUGUCCGCCAAGCUGGCGGCCGAGAGCAAGAGCCUGCUGAAGGCGGCGACCCGGCACGUGAUCCAGAUCGAGAGCGCGGAGGACUGGCCGGAGGAGGCCCCCCUCGACCCCCUGGCCCCGGGCGCCAUGUCCCUGCCCUCGGUGCCCAAGGCCCAGACGUCCUACGGCUUCGCCACGCUGGCCGAGAGCCCCCACACGCGGCGCAAGGAGUCCCUGUUCCACAGUGAGCACGGGGCCCUGGCCCAGGUGGGCUCCCCGGGUGCCGGGCGCCGCCGGGCACCUGCCAAGGCCAACGGGGGUAAUGGGGGCCCCAGGGAGGCUGGCGGGGCCCUCAUGAGCCCCGGCCGCGGCUUCAGCGGCGGCGAGAGCGACACGGGGUCCUCGGCCGAGUCCUCCCCCUUCGGGUCCCCUCUGCUGUCCCGCUCGGUGUCGCUGCUCAAAGGCUUCGCCCAGGACAGCCAGGCCAAGGUGAGCCAGCUCCGGCAGUCGGUGGGUCGCCACGGCUCCCUGUCGGCGGACGACAGCACCCCGGACACCAGCCCCGGGAGCCGGCGCCGCCUGACCCGCCGGGCACCCCCGGAACCCGGCCCCGAGUCGGGCCAGGCCGCGCGUGGGGAGCACACGGUCCACGUGGGCCCUCGGGGCAGCGUGCGGCUGCUGGCCGAGUACGAGGCCGGCCAGGCCCGCCUGCGGGUGCGCCUGCUGGCCGCCGAGGGCCUGUACGACCGCCUGUGCGAUGCCCGCACCAUCAACUGCUGCGUGGGGCUGUGCCUGGUGCCCGGCAAGCUGCAGAAGCAGCGCAGCACCAUCAUCAAGAACAGCCGUCACCCCGUCUUCAACGAGGACUUCUUCUUCGACGGCCUGGGGCCUGCCAGCGCCCGCAAGCUGGCCCUGAGGAUCAAGGUGGUGAACAAGGGCAGCAGCCUGAAGCGGGACACGCUGCUGGGGGAGAAGGAGCUGCCCCUGACCGCCCUGCUGCCCUUCCUGUAGAGAGGGGCCCGCUCAGCUGGGGGGCGUGUGCCCAGGGGAGACCCCAUCUUUCUCCUCCACACACUCAUGCUGGGCCGGCCCCCAUGCUGCGGUGGCUCCCCGAUGCUGACCAGAGUGUUAUUUUUCGUGAAUUAAUUUAUUCUUUGGAGGAGGAGGAGGAGGAGGAGGAGAGGGGAUGCAGGGGAAGAGGAAGGGCUGCUUCGCAGGGCUGAGGGUCCCCCUUGGCCCGGCAACGCCCCCUCGCCUCUUUCACACAGUUCCAGAAGGAGGUUCUCGGGGUUCUAGGAAUGCAUGGCCGGGACUCGGCCAUGGACAGAGCCAGUGGUCUCCUCCACCAGGCACGUGUAUUCCUCCCCACAGGCUGCACUGUCCGCUUCCCACCCUGCUGCCCAUUUCCUACCCAACUGUCCGUUUCUGACCCCGCUGUCAGCUUCCCGCUCUGCCCUCCAUCCACUUCCCACUCCACUGACCAUCCAGUUCCCACAGCGACCCCCCAGUUCCUGCCCAGCCACCCCGUUCCCGCCCCGCCGUCCAGUUCCCACCCUACUGUCAGCUUCCCUCCCCACUGUCUGUCCAGUUCCCAGUCCACUGCUCGUCCCGUUCCCACCUUGACCCCCCCCCCCCCCGAUUCCCGCCCAGCCACCGCAUUCCCGCCCCGCCGUCCAGUUCCCACCCUGCAGAGAGUAGGGUCUCUGGGCCACACCAGGCUCAGGCUUUGCCCGAGGCGCCCCCUCCCAGGGGUCAGGUUGGCUCUGGGAGACCCCAGCUUCCCAGGCUCUGGUGGUGAGCGGGUCAUUCGUGGGUGCCCUCCUGGGGGGUGGGAGAGGAGGGAGCAGCUUCAGCCACAGUCCGAGCGGAGACGUCCUGGCGGAGGCCGCUGAUGCCAGAGGUGGGGGAGACAGCUCUCCCGUCCGGUGUUCCUCCGACGCCGUCUGCGCUCACUUUUAGGGUGCAGGCCUGUCUGGCCACUUCUGCCGCCCAUCCCUCUUGCUGAGGAAUGCCACCCCGUCGCCCUUCUGUCCAGCCUCCUCGCAGCUGGGCGGUGAUGCGCCGUGGCUGAUGGGCUGUGGCUCUGACACCACGUGUGUAAAUAGACUGUGGGUGGGAGCCCAGGCCGCAGUAGGGGGUACCCGGCUGUGGCCUUUCGUGCCGCCAGGUGGCUCAGAGUGCUUACCUGGGUCCUUGAAUGAUUUGAGGGAGGUGGUUCCGGCUCAGAAUGAUGCAGAAAUGAUAGGACUUGAAGCACGGGCCAGGCCCGGCCAGUGCCUUCCCCUCUCCCGGCUGCUGCUGGGCACGGGGGGACCAGGGCACAUCUGUGGGGUCCCUCAUUACCCCCUUUGCCACACGCUGUCCCUCUUGAGCAGAGAAGGUGGAGGAGCCGCUUUCCAGGCCUGGAGGAGCAGCCGAGCCCCUGCUGACGUCCAUCGGGACACACCCCUGACCCCCCAGAGGGAGAGUGUGGCCCCCGAGGGGCUGGGUCCCUUCUGAGCCUGGUGUCGCAGGGACUCCGGGGCAUCCAGGGCUGAGGCUCCUCGGGCGGGGGAGGCAGGGGAGGCGCCCUGUGGGGAGAGACGAUGGAGCUUGCCCCCUUCUCUGAUUCAUACGCCUCCAGGCCCCGUUCUCCAGGGGGUCCCCAUUUUAUAGCAGCCUGCACUGUUCCGUAUCUUAGUGUCUGAAGUUGACUGUGGGUAAAUCUUUAGGACACCCCUCCCCCAAGUGUGUUUGUUUAUAAACGCUGUUUAUAGUUCAAUAAAGGUGUUUCGGGAA